AUGGUUUUAGACAGCACCUUCCUCGACACGUGCGUCUGGAAACCAGACAUCUUCAAAGGGAAAGUUGUGUUUGUCACCGGCGGUGCAGGCACAAUCUGCCGUGUUCAAACAGAAGCAAUGGUUCUUCUAGGAGCCAACGCUGCAAUUGUUGGAAGAAACAAGGAGAAGACGGAUUCUGUAGCGCGGGAAAUCGCCGCUUUGCGUCUGGGCGCCGUAGUUGUCAGUUGUGCCAAUACUGACGUCAGAGAUGUCAAUUCCAUUGCCAAAGCUGUAGAACUCACCGUUGAGAAGCUUGGCCGCAUCGAUUAUGUAAUAGCGGGAGCCGCGGGCAACUUUUUGGCCGACUUCAAUCAUUUGUCCAGCAAUGCGUUCUCCAGUGUGGUGAACAUCGAUUUGCUCGGCUCGUACAACACUGUAAAAGCGACCUUCAAUGAGCUUCGCAAGAAUAAGGGAGCCGUUCUUUUCGUCAGUGCAACAUUGCACUAUUACGGUGUUCCAUUCCAGAUCCAUGUAGGAGCAGCCAAGGCAGGUGUGGAUGCGUUAUCGAACGCAUUGGCUGUCGAGUUGGGACCAUUGGGGAUCCGCAGCAAUUGUAUCGCUCCCGGGCCAAUUGCAGGCACCGAGGGGCUCGAACGGUUGGUGAAGAAUAAGGAUGAGUGCAUGCGUAAGGUACCCCUUCAGCGGAUGGGCUCGACGCGUGACAUUGCUGAGGCGACAGUAUAUUUAUUCUCUCCUGCUGCUGACUACGUCACCGGCACUGUGCAUGUAGUUGACGGUGGAUCGUGGCAUAUAGGGCUGUUGACUGGCGGUAACAUGUAUCCAGUGGAGCUUACCAAGAGGAACAGCGAGAUUUUGACCAAACUUUAG